AGCGGGAGCAGCUUCCACGUCUUCGACCAGGGUCAGUUUUCCAAGGAAGUUCUUCCCAAAUAUUUCAAACACAACAACAUGGCCAGCUUCGUCCGGCAGCUCAACAUGUACGGAUUCCGGAAGGUUGUGCACCUGGAGCAGGGCGGGCUGGUGAAGCCGGAGCGGGACGACACGGAAUUCCAACAUCCCUUUUUCCUGCGGGGUCAGGAGCAGCUCCUGGAGAACAUCAAACGCAAAGUGACCAGCGUUUCUGGGCUGAAGGGAGAGGAGGUUCGGGUGCGGCAGGACAGCGUGGCGCGGCUCCUGGCCGACAUGCAGGCCAUGAGAGGGAAGCAGGACAGCCUCGACUCGCGGUUGCUCGCCAUGAAACAUGAGAACGAGGCUCUGUGGCGGGAGGUCGCCGGCCUGCGCCAGAAGCACGCCCAGCAGCAGAAGGUCGUCAACAAGCUGAUCCAGUUCCUGAUCUCCCUGGUUCAAUCCAAUCGCAUCCUGGGCGUCAAGAGGAAAAUCCCCCUGAUGCUGAACGACGGCGGCGCCGCGCAUUCCGUGCCCAAGUACAGCCGGCAAUAUUCCCUGGAGCACCACGGGAAUUCCGCCUACACCGCUCCGGCUCCGGCUCUGGGCGUUCCCGGGCGUUUCCCGGCGGAUCCGGGCGGCUCCGGGCCCCGGAUCGCGGACGUGACGGAGCUGCCGCCCUCCAGCCCCGAGGGAUCCCCCGGACACAGCCCCGGACACAGCCCCCCCAUCCGCAUCAAGGAGGAGCCUCCCAGCCCCACCCGGAGCCCGCGGCCGGAGGAGCCCCGGAACUCCGGGAAUUCCGGGAAUUCCGGGAAUUCCGAGACCCCCCUGUCCCCCUCCACCUUCAUCGACUCCAUCCUGCGGGAAAACGACUCCGGAGCCGCUCCCGGGAAUCCCCAAUCCCAGGAAAAGUGCCUGAGCCUCGCCUGCCUCGACAAGGCGGAGCUGAGCGAGCACCUGGACACGAUCGACUCCGGCCUGGAGAACCUGCAGGCGCUGCUCAGCACCCACGGCUUCAGCAUGGACAGCGCCCUGCUCGACCUCUUCAGCCCUUCCGUGGCGGUUCCGGACGUGACCCUGCCGGACCUGGACAGCAGCUUGGCCAGCAUCCAGGAUCUCCUCUCGUCCCAGGAGCAGCAGAAGCCAGCGGAGGCCGAGCCGGGCGCGGGGGAUUCCGGGAAGCAGUUGGUUCCCUGCACGGUCCAGCCCCUUUUCCUGGUGGAUUCCAGCGCCGUCGACGUCGGAUCCGGGGAUCUUCCCAUCUUUUUCGAGCUGGGGGAGGGGCCCUGCUUCCCGGACGAGUAUCCCGAGGAAUAUCCCGAGGAAUAUCCCGAGGAAUAUCCCGAGGAUCCCGCGCUGCUCCCGCGGCCGCCCACGCCCCGCGACCCGGCCGUGUCCUAAAACAAAACAAAACCCGGGAUCGAGGACAAGGGAUUGGAUCCCCGGGAAAAAAAAAUCCUGGGAAAAGAAAUCCUGGAAAAAAAGGAUUCCC